AUGCCAACAUAUGUCAAAUUUUUUAAGGAUAUUUUGACGAAGAAGAGAAGAGUCAAUGAGAAGGAAGUAAUAGCACUAACGCAGGAGUGUAACGCAUUAGUAAGCAACAGUCUACCAAAGAAGCAGAAGGACCCUGGGAGUUUCACAGUUCCUUGUUCGAUAGAAGGAUUGGAUGUGGGUCAUGUGUUGUGCGAUCUAGAAGCCAGCAUUAAUCUCAUGCCACUUUCAAUUUUUAAGAAAUUGGGGAUUGGCGAAACACAACCUACUUCUGUUACUCUUCAGCUCGCUGACAGAACAAUUAAGUACCCAGAAGGGAAGAUUGAAGACGUUUUGGUGAAGGUUGAUAAUCUCAUAUUCCCAGCAGACUUUAUUAUCUUGGACUAUGAAGUAGAUAGGGAGGUACCAAUUAUCCUUGGAUGCCCCUUCUUAGCUACUGGGAAAGGUUUAAUUGACGUGCAUAAAGGCGAAUUAACUAUGCGCGUGGACAAUGAAGAGGUGAGGUUUAAUGUGCUCAACGCAUUAAAGUUCCCAGAUAGUGAAGAUUGUCAACUCAAUAGUAUUGAGUUGCCUGAAGAAGAGACUCAUGUAUGUGAGGUCCUCCAUUGGAGGAAAACUCGAAAGAAUCAGAGACACCAAGUCUGA